AUGGUUUCUAUCAACAAGCUUGAUAAAGAAGAGCUUGCUGCUAUCAUUGCUCAAGAAUUACAUAUCGAUGUCGCUUUUCCUUGUUUUUCCGUUGAAGAGCAAACCGGAGCGACUGCUUGUUGUGUGGUCCAUAAACAUUGGCUAUCUAUUUUAAAACAAGCAAGGUUUAAAGAUACUGUACAACUAAAACGAUAUACCAAUACUCGUUCUCCUUUAAAUUCCAGUAAUAAUUCUGAUCAAUUGCAUACCGAUGAUCUUCAAUCAUCUACAACAAACGUUUUGGUCAGCGUUUUUUUGAAACGUCAGAUACCAGGAAAUCGAAGACCACAAUUGUUUUCAAAAGUAAAUUCUGGUAACAGCGAUGCAUCAUCACAUAACUUUGAUGAAGAGCUUGAAUUGCCAAUAAGAACUUUUCUUAAAGAACAACUUGAAGAUAAAUCGAUGUCAAGUUUGGAAGAGAUAGAGGCGCAGUAUAAUACUUAUGUCCCAAUAUUUAUAGAUCAACAAUUUCAGAAUGAAGAUGCUCUAAUUGACUUAGAAAUCCAGUUGGCCAGACAGGAGGCUUUUGUUAAAAAAUUCAUAGAAAUCUUAUAUCCAGAGAGUGCCUAUUUCCGAAUCAAAUCACCACCCACGGAUGAUUCUCUGACUAUGGAAUUAUUAUCUGUUCCUGAUUGGUCCUCCGACGUGCCAACCACAAGCCCUAAUUUAAUCGAUGUUUUUGCGGUAAUAGAAUCAGACCGUGCCUUUUAUUUUAUGACUCCUUAUCGUGGAACUUCACUGCAGGAUCUAUUGAAGUAUAGUUCUGGCGUAUUGGAUUCUAACGUUAAGAAGUCUUUUAUUUUAUACCAACUAUUGAAAACUGUACAAAAACUUCAUCAAAUAGGUGUGAUUCAUGGAGGACUCAAACCAUCAAAUAUUUGGGUGGAUGAGAAUUUAUGGGUGACGCUUACUGGAUUUGAAUGUUCGGUUCCUUUAUGCGAUGAUACAUAUCAUUACUCACAAGAAGUUGUAUUGGGAAAUAUUCCAAAAGAAGUACAAGAUGAUACUUUCACAAUGAAAUGGGUUCGAGGAGAUAUUACAAAUUUUAAUUAUAUUAUGUCCUUGAAUUAUCUUGCCGGUCGUAGAAUUGGUGAUCCAAAUUUUCAUCCAAUAUUUCCGUGGAUAACAGAUUUUACUGGGUCAGAUGUUUCAAAAAAUUGGAGAGAUUUUACAAAAACAAAAUUUCGUCUCAAUAAAGGUGAUGAACAAUUGGAUUUCACAUUUGAUGGCCCGAUACCUCAUCAUAUUACAGAUAUUUUGUCAGAUAUUACGUAUUUUGUUUAUCUUGCACGAAAAACACCUGUUCCGGUGUUGUGUCAAUAUGUGAGAACAAAAUAUGAACCCAAUGAGUAUCCAUCAUCUUUACAAAGAUUAUUUAAGUGGACGCCUGAUGAAUGUAUUCCUGAAUUUUAUACAGAUCCAAGUAUAUUUACUUCAAUACAUCCGGAUAUGCCCGACUUACAAUUGCCAAUGUGGGCAUCUUCCGCUGAAGAAUUCAUAAGAAUUCAUUCUGAAGCAUUAGAAAGUGAUCACGUGUCGAGUCAUUUACAUCAAUGGAUAGAUUUGACUUUUGGAUGUAAACUUAGUGGUAAAGAUGCCGUAGAGGCCAAGAAUGUAGCGUUACCACUUAUAGAUGGACAGAAUUCAUUUAUGAAACAUGGAAUCACGCAAUUGUUUUCUGAUCCGCAUCCACAAAAAUCCAUAAAAAAGAACAAUGAGCGACGUUCAUCUGUAUAUAUGAAUGGAGACAGAACUUUAUUAGAGAAAUACGAAAUGAUCUCCUCCAAACGAAGGAUUCCGUCAAAAAUAACAGAUUCAGAUUUUAAGAUAUCUUCAGAGCUGAUGACAGAUUUUCUUAAAAGUAACGGAGCCCACAAAACUAUAGGAAAAUUAUACCAUCAAACUGGUUCACCCAAUCUUAGAAAUUCUAAAUCACCAAGACUUGGUCCUACAACACCAAGAUCAUUAUCUUUAUAUGAGACCGUCUGUAGUAUUGAGGAAAAGAAAGAUAAUUCAUCAAGCGUUCCUUCAACAACGGUAGCAGCAGCUAUGGUAACAAAUUCGGAUUCAAAAGAUCGUAUUGAAAUAUUGCUAACAUUAAUUAAUUCUUUACCAAUACAUUUACCUGAUGAUAUGAAUAAUGAAUUUUUUAUAGAGAAAUUAAGUAAUUUUGAACAAGCUCAUUCUUUUGCUGCAAAAUAUUUACCAAAUAAUAAUGAUUUAGAACAAAAUAAUCUUAAUAAGGGGUUAUAUGAAAUAAACAUUGUUCAUGAUCCCCAACAAAAACGUAAAUCGGUAUAUGAUGAGAUGAUGGAGCCAAUCGAAGUUUCUUUUGCAUAUGGAAGAGCGUGGGACACUUAUAGUCUUGGCAAAAUUAUUGAAAGUAUUUAUCAUACGACAACGGAUGAUAUAAAUUUAUCAUUACUAUGUAAUAAAACAAAUUGUGAAGAAAAUCAAAAAAAAAGUAAUUCUAAGUUGCCAUUACCAAUUCAAGGAGUUAUUUCUUCGUUAAUUAAUCCGGAUUGGAGAAAACGUCCAUCAAUUGAUUCAAUAUUAUAUUGUUCUGUACCAGUUACAAGUUUUUGUGAUCAAUGUGUUACGUUUCCUUUACCCAUUUGCAUACCGGAAGUUUAUGAAUUUUUAACAGAUUUUCAUAAAGUGGAUUGGAUAGGAAGAUUGAAAUUGGCUGAACAUUGGAUGGACAGAUUGUGUAAUUUUACUGAUGAGGCAUUUUACAUGAUAUUACCAAGCCUAGUUUUGUUAUUUACAAAUGAUUCUAUAAAGUUCGAAGCAUUAAAUAUUUUUUCAAGCCUCGGACAGAGAUUAGGACAAGAUGAGACUAAGGCUCACCUUUUAAAACCUAUAGUUUCCUUGUUUGAGUCUUCGAGGCCUUCAAUUCCAAAAAUUCUGUUUGAUUCUGUUAUUAUUAAGGAAUUUAUACAUAAAUUUGGCAUUCCUAAUUUUCUUCAGCAAUUAUUUCCACUUUAUCUAGAAUCUCUAACAAUCGAGGAAAAUGUACUACCAUAUAAAUAUGGUACGAACAGUUUCUUAGAACCUCCGCACAAUUAUAAUAAUCAAAAUUUGUACCAUAAUUUAAAAAAUGCAAAUAAUUCAUCAGACGUAGAAAUGAUGGCAAAUCCAAUAUCAAUAUUAACAAGUAGUUUGGAUAAUGCAUUACCAAGUGUGGCACUUCUGGCAAAUGGGGCACUUGUAGACAUAUGUACAUUAAUAGGUCCUAUUUUGAGCAGCAAAUAUAUUAUGAAGCAGGUUUAUAAAAUGUUUUUAAAAGAAAGUCCCACAUUGAAUUUUUUGAUGCAAAGUGUUUUGGCUAUUGGAAAUCAAUUUGGAGAAACAUUUACACAAUUACAAUUCACUCAAGUUAUUAGUAUAAUACAGCAAUAUAGUGAUUUUACAAUGAAUAAUAGGCAUUAUGCUAUAUUAUGUAAUCAUUUCUCAUUAUUAGAAAAGUUAACAACAUUAAUGUCAAGUUCCAAAAUCCUGAUAGAAAUAGAAUCAGGAUUUUCAAAUAUUUUGAUUAAAUUAUUACUAUUAUUUGGACAACAAUCUAGUACUAGUGAUUCAUCAACUAGUACAACUUCUAAUAAGAAAUUAAAUAAUACGAGCGGAAAGAGUAAUUUAUCAAUACAGAUAAUGAAAAAUAAAUUUUCCAUUAGUAUAAAAACGAUGGAAUUUAUAUUAAAUAUUUGUAAUCAUAUCGAAAAGGCUGAAUGGGAGAAACAUAUCGCACCUAUACUAGUUAAGUACUUUGAAUUAUUUGGAAAAUCUGUUCAAAAUAAUGGAAAAGAGGAUGAAGUCACUUUAACUAAGCUGGAGCAGGAAAGGGAUCAGCAGAUUAUGUAUGCAUAUUCCCAAUUUUGUACAUUAUUUGAAUCAGAAACUAUAAGACAAGCUAUUCCUAAUAGUGAAAUUAUUGAGACGGCUAUAUUGGAUUCCUCAGAAUCUUAUUCAUCCUCACGUCGUACCAUGUCUCCAUCAUAUUCAUUAAAUGAAACUUCAAGCGAUCGAAUAUCAAUAACAUCAGCAUCUUCUGAAAACACUUUAAAUAAAGAAAAAAAUCCAAUUCCUUCCAUUUUAUCAGCAACUCCAACAAAUUUGCGUUGGAAUAUAAAUUUUGAAGAUAAAAAACAUUUGACGUUGUUACCAAGUACGAAUGCUUCUAUAACGAAAGAAGUGGCAACAAUAACUACGUCAGCCGCUACGACUUCAUCAGGAUUUAGUGUUAAUCGAGCGUUUAGUUUGUUUGGUAAUGGAGAAGUUACUAGUAGGAAAUUACUGGAUAUUAAUCAUCAUGGUGGAAGUGGCGGUUCUCAUAUUAGAAGUAUUAGUAUGCCAACUUCGGUAUCUUCUAAAAGUAAUCAUAUUCCAAAUUCUAGUGGGCCCAAGAAGUCAAAAUUGAAAGUUAAUUUAUCUUGGAGAACCAAAAGUUCUUCUAAUGAAGACUUAAAAACAUUCCAAGGUCAUGUAUCGGCUGUUCGUUCCAUUGAUAUAAAUGAACAUAGUCGGUUAAUUGUAUCAGGUUCAAAAGAUCGUACAGUAAAGUUAUGGUCUUUAAAUAUUCAUCAAGGAAUAGAAAAUAGCUUAAUUGAACCUUAUUCAGAAUGUUUGAAGACAUAUACCGGACAUAGAAAGAGCACAAUCGGAGAAGUACAUUUUUUUGGAGGAGGUGGUAGUUGGGGGUUAGGCGAUAAUAUAGUUAGUUGCGACGGUCAAGUUCAUAUAUGGGAUCCUGAAACUGGAACGACUAUAAAUCAAUUUGGAAAUUUUAAAAAUCCAUAUUUAUCGAUUAAACCAAUAUUUAGAUCAACUUUAGUUGGAGGUUUAGCUGAUACAUCUAUCACGCAAACCUUAAUUGCUGUUGGAUUUACUAGUGGAGUUAUUUCAUUGUUGGAAUCACGAACAGGGACUUUGAUUUCUAGUUGGAAAGCUGGUGAUACUGAUAUUGUUCACAUGACAUUUUAUACAAACAAUUACUUGGUAUCUUGUGCUCCUGCAGAUCAUGUGAUUUAUAUUUGGGAUACUGAUACUGUUCGUCUAAUAAAAACCAUUAAAGUUAAUUCAGAUAUAGUAGCGUUGAAUAUGUAUAAAGAUGAAGUUAUUACAAUCAAUAAUAGUAAUACGAUUACAUUCUUCCCAUUAAAUGAUAAUAAGUUCCAAACUUAUUCGUCUAAAUUUAAGAGUUCUACGAUUAAAUCUUCGAUCUCUAGUUUAGGAAUAUUACCUAUAAAUCAAUUAUUGUUAUUAGGGUGUUUAGAAGGAGAUUUAUUUUUGUAUGCCUAA